AGGAAAUUGAAGAAAAAUAUAUCACAAUGAAUUUAGUUUGCAUAAUAAAUGAAAUUCUCGUCGCAAACUCUAAACAGACAAUAUUUGCUCCAUGCUAUUGAAGGCAGACGGCCCUAUUCAUCUGUUUUUCCGAAAAUGCAGAGAAGUGACAGUAGGCGAUUUGAAAACUGCAGUCUCAGAUAUGUUAAAUAUCUUGCUGGUAUUCCUAAGAAAGCGUAGUCGAAGCCGUGCUUUACGAAUAUACACCAAAGAUUUGAUGGCACAAUGUCAACGGAUUGCUACGGGAAAAGGCCAUGGGACAGUUAAGGUCCUAGCGAUUGAGCUUCUGACUAGGAUGGUUGAUAAAAGGGAUGGAUUUGAAACUACGGACGAAGAAGCAAAGGCAAUCUAUGACAAAUUUAUGGAGCAAUAUACAAUGAGCAGUGUAAGGCCAACUGCUAAACAAAGAAUUGUAGAAUUGCUGGGAACUAUUGCGAAAAACUAUCCUCAGCUUGUUGAUGGAAAAGAAGCAAAUAGUAAGCUAAAACGAUGGUGCUUCCAAGGCCUUAACCAUGAAUCAAAAAGACACUUCGCAGAUGCUGAGUUGUCCUUAGUAACAGGCUAUUUGACAUGCAUUGAUAUACUCUUGUAUCGACAAGAAGAAGAAGAGCAAAUGGGUAUCAGCAAAGAGGAAGCAUUUGUUAUUCUCCAACCUCAAUCUCCAGAAGUUCAGCAAUUGUUCAACCAUAUCCUUAUCAUCAUAACCACUUCUAAAGAUACCAAUCGUUAUCAAGCUGUUAUUGCCGCAUUGUCCUUAUUUAAGAAUCACUGUGAGAUGUUUUCAAAACUGCUCAUGGAUAGAUAUGUCAAUUUAUACAGAGAACUGCAUUAUUGGGCCACACAUUAUAACUCAACUUGCUACAAAUUUGGUUUGGGCGCUUUCGAAGAAUUUUUAAGACAGCUAUCUGUUGUCUUAUUUCAUAAUAUACAUGGUGACCGAGAAAAGGCGAUAGCACGCGAUUUGGUUGCUCAGUUUGGGCAGACAUUAUUGAAAGCAGACAGUUUGGACAGCAUUUAUGAAGUAUCAGUAGCUAUUAGAGGUGUUGGUUAUUUUUCAAAAGUAUUUUAUGCACUAGAGAAUGAACCGGAUAUCAAAAUUGACAUGUAUCAAUGGCGCAAUAAUCUUGUCAGAAUAAGUAAUUGGUUUUAUUCAGAAACCAACAAGAAUCAAAAAGAAUACAUCCGUCAUCUUCCAGCAUUCAUCAAAGCUUAUGCCUCAUUUGCUGAAGUACAGGAUAAUAUACCUGUAGAUCUGAUGCAGACACUUCAGCUAAUGUGUGAUAUCUUUAUUCUAAGUUUUGCUGAGAUGUCUGGUUAUCAUAGAAGAAAUGGAAGUUUUUACAUACAGCAAUUAUUCAGUAUGAUAUUCAACAAAAACAAAGGUGUUUUUCUACAAUUCAUAGACGGUUUCUUUGAGAAGGCUUUGAUUUGCACUUGCACCAACAUUCACCAACCGGACAAAGAAGAUCGCCCCGCUUACACUGAAUUGCUAUAUUUCUGGAAAGUUGUCUUGGAGCUUAUGACUGACGAUACACGCGUUAUCAAACUAGAAAUAGAUACUCAAAAAGAAGAUGCAGAGAUUGAGGCGGACGAUAUCUUUAAACUUUACAACCAGAGAACCGUCAUUACCAAUCCGAAUGAGCUCUCCCGAAUUAUGUACGAUACAUUUAUCUCAACAACAUUGAAACUUAUCAAGAGUUUUAAUCUUAAACUGAAAAACAUCGCAUUAACUGAAGCAGACCUCAAAAUGGAGGAGAGUGAGCAAGAGAACAUACAAAUUUUAUCCAAAUCACUACGGCCCAUUAAUCAGAAGGAUUUUGUCCUAUUUCAAAAUUUGGUCGACUUCUGGUGUACAUUACUGAAGGAAAUUGAUAAUACCUAUAUGAUUCAUUGGGUUCACAUAAUUAGCACGCAACUAAUCGAACUAAGUACCAUUCACCAACUCGUCAGUGGCUUCUACAGAAUAUUAGCCGAAGUACUCAUCAUCUGUGAGCAGCAAAACUUUUUCAGAGGGUGUAAAGCAUAUAACGAUGCGCUAAAAGAAAACGUCAACAUUAAUAUUGAAAAAGGAAUGCCAGCGGAGUAUUCGACUUACAUUAUAGUUCAGGAAUUCUUGAAAGAAGUUUGGCAUCGACUUCAACAAUUUACAGAUGAAUUAUUGGCAUCGUGCCUCAGAUUGAUAUUGGCCUACCCGGUCGAAUUUUUCGAUAUCGAGGAACUAAUCACACCAUUAGAAAAAGCCCUUCGCUUAGGCAUUACGUAUCAUCCCUUAGCUACUAUUGCUAUGAACAGCCUUGACAAACUCUUGGAUCCCACAUUUCGCUAUGAGAUUAGUUCCAAAUUUUUGUCAUGCAUAUUACCUUGCAUCAAUGAGUAUCUCUUAGUUGGUGUUAUUUCAUUUGAGAAUGACGAUAGCAUUGGCAGCAGUAGUAAUAAUAAGAAAAAGUAUAAAACACCGACUGCCUCAGAGCGGCGAUACCGAAGUGUUCAUCUCAAGAUGACUUCAGAACAGAUCGGCGUCAUAAAACGUAAUUAUUCUAGUCUUCCAGAACUUCAGCGUAGAAUGAUGCAGUUCUUGGGAAGGUUAGGAGGAAAAAAUAAGCAAUUGUUGAUCACCCAGCAAGAAGGUCAAGAGCAAGGUCAAGAAAAUGAAAAUGAUAAUGCGCGUAUUCUGUCUUGGGACACUACCAAAAAGAUCAAGUUGCGCAUUCCAUUCAGAACUAUGAAAGUAGAUAUCUACCUCGACGAAUACUUACCGCGUAUUUGUGAGCUUGCGGAAUCGUCGCCUGACCGAAAGAUCAAAGUAGCUGCCUGUGAAUUAUUACACGGCUUGGUCGUUUACAUGGUUGGUAAUAGUGCCUUUACGCCUCGAAAAAGCAAACGCUCAGAGGAGUCAGAUUACCACAAAUUUUAUUCACGGCUCUUUCCUGUCAUGUUGAACUUGGCGAUUGAUGCAGAUCAAGUGACACGUGAUAUGUUUCGCGUACUAAAUUCACAGGUGAUACAUUGGCUCACCAAUAAUGCGCAUUACGAAAAUCCUGAAACUAUCGUUCUACUGCAUACAUUGUUAGAUGCAGCUUGUCAAACGGAUGCAGGGCUUCGCGAAUACAGCGCAAAAUGUAUUCAAGAGUUUGUUGAAUGGUCUAUCAAACAAACUCCCAGAACUACUGAUAGCGUUCAUAAUAUUCGUUCUUUGCUGAAACGGUUGUAUAAUCUCAUGGCAAGUCCCAACGCGUCAAAACGUUUUGGUGCUGCUUUGGUUUUUAAUAACAUGUACCGUUUCUUUCGUGAAGAAGAAACCUUGGUUAAUAUGUAUACGUUCGAAAUUCUUGGACAGUUAUUCUUAAAUCUGAAGAUAGCGGAGGUAGACCAUCCUUCCAUUGGCACAAGAGAGCAAAUAAUAGAGGCUAUCAACCACAUCAAGCGUAUUCUGCGUCAAAAGAUAGAUCUCUUCAUGACAGACAAUGACCGGCGUCCAUUUAUAGGCUCAGAUGAAGUCGUUGAUCUACCAAGUUUAGUGGAAUGGACUUUUAAGGAAAGUGGCAGCCUUCAGCGCACAUACGCCAAAGUAUGCAUCAACUUCUUUAACGAAUUUGCUAAAUUGCUUCCCGGUAUCAAGGAAACUCAUCAAUGGUUGUCUAAUCAAGACGAAAAGUUAAUCGAAACUGUGUUUCUAAACAAACACCUUGAUUUGUUAUCAGAUACUGCCCCAACUGUUUUUGUUCGGCAACCUGAUGGAGAAAAGGACAGGGAGAAAAAUAUCAAGGCUACUAUUGAUGCUUACUCAAACUGGAUUAAACAAAUGAACGCGACCGUUGAUGGCUUUGUUUGGCUUGUUGAACGCAAAAUCGUGAGUCCACAACAAUUGCUUAUUCAAUCUUUAUCUUGUUCCUCUCGUUUAUUUCAAGUUGUUCGGGAAUUCUUUGCUAAAAGACCAGACACUUAUUUGAAGGGGAUCUUGGAACAAAGCGUUUCAGAAAAGGGAACAAUUUUGAGCAUUUACGUUUAUGUUGUUGUACGGCUCAUCUACUUUUUUGACUUGAUCUUUAACCAUGAUAAUGAAUGUUUUGAAUAUGCUACUCAGCAUGCUGCUGACGUAUUGUUUCAUGAGAUCCUAAUGAAUACUGUUGCGGAAACGCUGCUCUUACCGAAGCAAAUAUCUGAGAGAAUACAAACAUAUCAAGGAAAUGCAGUCACUCAAUCCAGUACGAAACGUAUCUAUGACAUUGGAAAGAAGUAUAUCAUUACGAUGACGAACAAAUCAUGCCAAAAGUUUGAAGAAUAUCUUGUCAUAGCGGCUGCAAAUAUCAUAAAAUCUUUUAAUAUUGAUCUAAUCUCUCGUACAGAAGGCACGACAGAUCGAUCAUUACUGAUAGAAACCGUUCAAUCAGUUGAUGGUAUUCAAUUCUUGCAAUCCAUUCAUCUUUUGGAACCUGUCUGUAAAAAAAUGCGCUCUAUAGUCAAGAACUACCCUCGAGAUGUUCAAGCCUACUAUACCAAACUAUUCGAGUAUUUCCUGACGAAUUGUUAUGGUUCUCAGGAUCCGCUCCAAAUACAGUUCAUGGGCAAGCUUGUGUGUAUCUGCUUCGGAAACGAACAGUUUGCCAGAAAUCAUGCAGAAGCUUUAUUAGCAUUUUCAGGACCGUUAACGCAUCUAAGCGACUCAGAAAAGCUGGAGAUGGUUCGAAAAUAUGAUGAUUUUUUUGUUGAAAGCAUUACUAGGAACUUUAAUGUUUUUUCUCGAAUUUUUAAGGCUAAUAUCACAAAUACAAUUGUUCGUGAUUAUCUAACACUUCUGUUUGAUUAUCUGAUGAUCAACCGGUUGCGUAUUCGAAAAUCAGUAUGGCAAAUAACAGAUUAUCCGACGAUCCAAGUCUCUUAGAAUCGAUGGUCAAUGCCUGGGACGUCGAUGACAAACCUUUGGAUUUAAUUGUUUGUCUUAAAUCAUUGUUCGCUGCUGACCCAGGAAUUUUAAGCCGAUCUAAACGAAAGCCCAUCUUCCAACUUUUAUGGGAUACUUUCAUCCAUUGUUUCGAUAAAGAUCGACCGUAUAAGAUCA